ACAUUAGCGUCAUCAUGAUUCUGCAUCAGAUCCUGCGACUUUCUUCCAUUUUCCGCUCUGCCGUGUCCGUUCACUUGCGCAGGAACAUCGGGCUUUCUGCUGUCGUCUUUAACAAGGCAAAAGAGCUCGAUCCCGUUCAGAAGCUCUUUGUGGACAAGCUCAGAGAGUACAACACAAAGAGCAAGCAAGCUGGAGGGCCUGUUGAUGCAGGUCCUGAAUUUCAGAAAGACAUGACUGAAGCUCUUGCUAGACUUCAGCGGGCCUAUGGUGAAGGAGAUCUAACCAAGUUUCCAGAAUUUAAAUUUCAGGAGCCCAACUUUGAGGAUGCUCCAAAGUGAUCCCUGGAGGUUGUACACCAAAAAGCAGUGUACACCAAUGGAGCUGCUGGAUGUGGCAGCAGUUGUAACUUAAUAAAUGCAGUGUUUCAGUUUGAUUUCA